UUUUCCCUCUUAAUUUCUUCCUUCACCACAAAAGACAACUUUACCAAUUUUUACUUUUCCGAAGAAUUCUCCUCUUCCAAGAUCGUCGGCGAGGUUUUUCCGGCGAAGCUGCUUCAGCACGGUACCCUUCUGUCGGAAUUCUUUUAAGCCCUAAUCAGAUGAUAGUACAUAUAUGUGCAUUCCUUUGAACUAGCUUAGAAAUCGAUGAGUGCAUUGUAGAUUCUGCAGUUGUAUUUGAAUAUUUUGCGUUUAAUUUUAUAACAAGUAAUGAGAUAAAUUGUUCUAUUCCUGCUUUUAAAUAGGUUGCUCUACAGUUGCUCAUGAUAAUGCUAAUGUGGGUUUUGUAGUUUAAUCGCUCGUUUUGGCUUAAUAAAGUGUUGUUCAUUGAAUCUGAAGCAUCAAUGGACCUGUAAGAAUUUUGUUAGGAAAAGAGAAAAACAUGGAGAAAAAAAAUGACUUUUAAGUUGGAGUUGGUUUGCUAUCAGAAGAAUCGUGAAGUAGAUUAGUGAAAGAGCAAUGUAUAAUUUCCUUUAGUUUAAUUUUACUCAAUGCUCCAAUUUUUACAUUCUUAUUUUUUUGCCUGGUUUGGUAAUGCGUCGUUGUGUCGUGUCGAGUUUCUAUCGCAAAAACCUCUGGAGACGUAUGGAAGGAGACGUUGUGCAAGCCGAAGACUUUGACAGGUGUCGGUAGGCACGCCUCUAAUAAGGGCUCGAUCCUGAGAAUCAAUUCCAGUUGAAUCAAUGGAAGUGAGACCCUCUAUGCUCUUAAUCUUUAGAGUGCAUAUUAUAUAUAGGAUAAUAAGUCCAUUGCUUGUGCCCAAGACAAGGUAAGAUGAAUAGGAAUGUUGAUGGGGACAUAAGGCUCAGCUCUUGAGUUGAUGGCCCAUGGAAGGGAGCUUACUCCAAGAUCUGACUCCCCCGUAGGAGUUCGGGAAGGUCAGAAGUAAACAAAGAAUGGUAGAAGAGAAUAAAGUGUUGCGCCCCUUCUUUUCUGAUGCCCCGCUCAAGAAAGAGACUCAAGUCCUAGUAGCCGGAUAGAUUCUACAUCUUGAAAGCAAGUCAAUUUUGGCGCCACUUUAUGAUAAUGAGACCAACCAGCAAAAAGCAUUAACGCUGCAAAGACCAAAGCCCCAAUUGAUGUACAUAGAGUUGUAAUUCAUUAGUUAUCCAGAUGCUCGCCAAAGCUGAAAAAUAUCAGAGGUUAUUUGUAUUCCUCGGAAACCUUGCCUACGUCACCAUUUAAUAUUUCUUGGCCCACUAGCCAAACCACCUGGGCACUAGGCCCAAUGUGCAUCUGGAAAGCGCCAGUUCAAAUCUGGUUCGUGAUAAGGCCUUGAUCUAUACAGAUGGGAUCCCGACCUUUUACCUCACAAAGCCAGUGGUACAUUUCUAGACCGUGCUUGUGGUUGUGGGAUUACACAUCGGAGAACUUCUUUCAUUUUGACUAUUCACAGUAGUCGGUCCUAUAAGAUGAGGAGUCAGCUGAUGAAGUCUUGGCAGCGGCUCUGUAGGCUUAUAAUGAUUUCUAGGCCCUUUGGAAAGCCAUUGCGAGAUAAGGCGAUGGCAGUUGCUGGAAGAGUCGCUAUAAUGGAAGAAGGAACGACUUUGAAAGCUUCUUGUCCAGUGUGCUUACAAGUUCUAAGCACACCACUUGAUUCUGAUCUGAAAAUGACACUGGCUGUACACAUGAGCUUAUGGCACGCAGAUGAUGUUCAACUGCAUUGGGAACUCAUGCAAAACAAAGGAAGAUCAAUUGUUCACAUGCCUUCUUUCUGCUUUGGAGCUGGGAUGGCUGCUGGAAUUGGUGCUCUGAUGGUUAUUCUUGCCAAAAGUCAUGCUCAAGCAUUUGGCAAUAAGAGGUGAAGUUUAUCUCUAAUUCCUACUAAAAAGGGUCUGUGAUGAUUCUUUUUGUGUUUUGCCGCUAGUUUUUGCCUCAGUUAUGAAGAAUUAGCCUAGUCUAAAGCUUCUAAUUUGCAGUAUUACGAAACAACAAACAGAUUGAAAUUCAGGAGCUUGUAUUACUGAACGACUAAGGUUAUAUGAAGAUCCAUAGAUGGUAUAGUAAUUAAGACAGGAAAGUGGUUUUCCUAUAUCUCUGUGA